GUAGAAACAUAUUCAAUGGUCGACGUUUGUAUUUGGACCAUAAGCUUAGGUCGGAGAAGGAGUCGGCGAUAGUGGGACAAGUGAAAUAAAAGAAAAGGGGAAAGGACAAUCCACAAGUAGUGAGAGCUGAGAAGGUAAAGAGUAUGCAACAUUGAGGAAAUCUUACAACUAGCAGUCCACGAGGCUGACCACGUCUAACUAAAUUUGACGUGUGACAAAGGCGAUGACAAAUCAGAGUUUUUUAGAAAGAUAUGACUUUGGAAUAAAAUAUUAGGAUAUAUUUAAGAUUUGAUACUCUAAUUUGGUCCGAACUCUACACGAAUAGACUACUUUGCACCAAAAUUUUCGGAACUCCUAAAGAUGUCUAUGUUUUCAAAAUAAUUUCUCCAAUUUGCAUGGUAUGUCAAUUAACCGUCAACUUGGAUAGUCAAUACAUUCGAGUGUUAGUUCAGAGUGUUAGUCAGUCAGCAACCUUAACUGAUGUGGACGGAAUAACUACGGGUUGAGGCCUUGAAGGUAGGCAGCUGGAUAAUAGAUUGAAGUAGGCAAAAAUUGUUGAAUUAUCACUCAUGGGUUGUGAAAGAAGUAAGAUGAUCAUUUGUGCUAAAUGCAAUUUAAGUUUUGGGAAGACAAAGAAUCAAUUGAGGAUGAUCAUAUUUUACCAACAUAUCGACAACACAAAAUUCAUACGUAAUGCAUGCAGCUUAAUGACAGUACUUAAGACACCACCUCAUUUUUUAGGUAUAUAAGAGCAUUAUUUCGACUCUUCUAUUUCUUACUCAAAAAGUCAAAACCACUCUUCCCUUCCUCUGUAUUUCACCACACUAACCAAAUGAAGCCUUCAAAGUCUUCAUAUAUCACUACUUGGCCUGGAAGAGAUCAUUCUCAAGGUAUGGCUAAAACCCAAACCAUAGCCUGGGUUAACCAUCUCUUGUUGUUCUCUCUCAUUGCCUUGACCCUAGUCUUCAUCUCUUACUUCACCAUUCAUCAUAACUCUGCUUCCCUCGCCAAGUACCUCACUGAGACUACUGCUGCUGGUGUUACAUUCCAACAACAAUACGCCGCAAGCAAUGUGGCUGGAGGAAAUACUUGCUCAGGACGUUACAUCUACGUUCAUCACCUGCCUGCCCGUUUCAACGACGAUGUGUUCAAGAGCUGUCGCGAUAAUUCACUGCUCAAGAACCCUGAUAUGUGCCCAGACCUCUCCAACUUGGGAUUUGGAGCUCAGGUCAAUAUUAAGAACCCAUCUGGUGACCUGGGUUUGAUCACAGAGGAGAGAUCUGCGAGUAGCUGGUACGCUACCAAUCACUUCAGUCUCGAAGUCAUCUUCCGUCACAAGAUGAUGAAGAGCUAUGAUUGCUUGACCAAUGAUUCAUCCUUGGCCUCCUUGAUCUACGUGCCAUUCUAUCCCGGUUUCGACAUUGUUAGACAUCUCUGGGGGGAUUACAAUACAACUGUGAGAGAUGCUCUAGGUUUUGAGUUGGUGAGCUGGCUAAAAAACCAGCCCAAUUGGAAGACAUCAGGUUUAUGGGGAAGGGACCAUUUCUUUGUUUCAGGCAGAAUUGCUUGGGAUCUUCGAAGACCAGAUGACGAUGAUUCACAUUGGGGAAGCAAGCUGAUGCAACUUCCUGAAGCAAUGAACAUGACAAUGCUUUCGAUUGAGACAACUUCAUGGAGCAACGAGUUGGGGAUUCCAUACCCAACAUACUUCCAUCCUCGUCGGCUAAAAGAAGUGCAUCGAUGGCAGAAGAGAAUGACAAGACAAAAAAGGCCAUACCUAUUCUCCUUCGUGGGUGGGCCGCGAGCUAACAUGACAGACUCCAUCCGUGGGGAGCUCAUAAACCAGUGUUUAGCUUCAAGGAGGAAUUGCAAGCUGCUGAACUGUCAUUCAGCCAAUUGUAUGAGUCCAAUUGAGGUGUUGAAAGUGUUUCGGAACUCGGUCUUUUGCCUGCAGCCUGCUGGCGAUUCAUACACCAGGAGGUCAACUUUCGAUUCCAUCUUGGCCGGGUGUAUUCCUGUAUUCUUCCAUCCUUUUUCGGCUUAUACACAGUACAUAUGGCAUCUUCCAAGGAAUUACUCUUCUUAUUCUGUUUACAUACCAGAAAAUCUGGUGAGAGAAGGGAGAGUGAGCAUCAGAAUGCAACUGCUUCAAGUUUCAAAGGCGGAAGUAGUGUCGAUGAGACAAGAAGUGAUAAAUUUGAUCCCAAAGGUGAUAUACAGGGAUCCAAGAUCAAAAUCGAAGGACUUUGAAGAUGCAUUUGACAUUGCAGUUAAGGGAAUGCUGGAAAGAGUUGGCAAAGUAAGGAGACAGAUCAAGGGAAAGAUCCAGGGACUGGAUUUGCAGAACCAGGUAGCUGGAAGCUGAAGCUUGAAGAUGGAUGGUACAGGGAGAGAUCGUGAGUGGGAUCCGUUCUUCUGAUAUCUGGAAAAGAGAGAACCAUUAACUGUUUCUGGCAGAGUACAAAAGAAAACCCAUGAUUUGUCUUGCUGAAGAUAAAAGCAGAUGAAGUCCAUUUUCAUGGUGAAGGGGGGGAAAUAAACCUGUUUUUAUAUUUGUAAAAUCGUCUAUUUCUGAUAACGUUGAAAGUGAAAUACAGGCGAGGAGAAAAAACUGCAUAUCUCAAUUACAUGAGUAAAGUGUAGCUUAAGUUUGAAAAACAGAAAGAGCACGAAGGCCAUUCUUCAAUUGUAGCUGUAAGCAACUAUAGGAAGCAUAACAUAGCGGCAUGUACAACCGAGCGACAAAAAUAAGACAAUAGUAUGCACAUGAGCAAAACUUCUUGAGAACCAGCAUUGUUUAGCCAGCCAAGCCAAGUAACCAAUCACCAGCUUCACCCUUACAUGUUGGACAGAACUUGAAGCGAGACAAGAAUGUAUCUCUGUAAUGUCAACCAUAAGACAUUACAAGGUAGAAGAACUUCUGGACCUGUGCACUUUAUCUUCUUGAGGAGGAUUCAAGGAUGGAGAGGAAACGGCAGCAUGAUACCCAGAAGAAGCAAGUUGUGCUAGUGCUGGAACUGCACCACCUAUGCAUUUUCCCGGAACAAAGAUAACUCUGGUUAACAUUCAAGAGAGUUUCUGGCGUUCUCUUUCUAUGAUGAAUUAUUAUAGCAAUAUACUAGACCACAACUUUCACAAAAACAUGCUGACCACUAGGAUGCUGGAGCACAUAAAAGAGCUUUGGACAA